GAUAAUCCCUAGCAUAAAUCUCGAGCUUGGAUGUGUUUCUCCAGCUUCCUUGCACCCUGGCGCAAAGUCGAAGUCUCUCCAAUUCGAGAGCGUUUUCAACCGGGAGGAUUUUCAACAGUCCGAGUGGGGGCUCAUUUGAGUCCUCGAGCUAUGGCGCAAUUCCUCCUUCGCUCCCAGCCACAGCCCUUCCCGUCGGCCACGUAGGGCCGGGACAGAUGGUUAACCGGUUAAAACCUCGGUUAACCGUUAACCGAUAUGGCAAAAUGCCGGACCGGUUAACUUACCGGUUAACCGGUUAAUUGGACCGGUUAACCGGUCCGCACAUUUCCCGGACCGGUUAACCGUUAACCGGACCGUGGCCAAGCCUAGAAAAGGGAUGAAAUGGAUACCCUACCACUGCAAGAGGAUUGACGGUAGCAUGAGACUUGUAUCGACCUCCGGUAGCAGGUAACCCGUAGAUGUCGACGUUUGCUGAUAGGUCACUCCACUCCACAAGUUGCGACUGACACACGUUGCGUUCGAGAGUAACCAUUUUCCCAACGCUGGGUUAGAUCCAAUGUUCCUAGUAUGUAGGAGAACUUUGGGAACAAGAACUGCAGUCGUGAUAUAGAAGCAAGAUUUCUGUCUUUUACUUCCACGGGAUCCUUGUAUUAAGCAAGUAUUGUGUUUCUGCCGAGGAUGCUGCCUCGGUACAGGAACGAAUUGUUCUAAUUCCGAGGCCUAAGCUGCUUCUCGUCCCUGACGUGCAAAUGUGACAAUUCUGAAGGACUCUGUAAAUUGUGCGAGCGUGAUCUGGACUCUGUCUUGCACCCAUAGCCCUUCGAAGUCCACGUUGAACCACGUGCUCGGCUUGGUUGACAAUUGUCUAAUUGACGUCGUUGUAAUUUUCUGCUUCCGCUUCUGAAAGGUGGAUCCGAUGGAGUCUCUUCAGGGACUUCGGAUUUCGCUGCCUUUCUUUUCAUCUUCUGUGGAUUUUUUGGGGGUGUGGCGAGACCGAAAUUCGUUAGCUCUGUUUCAUUUGCGAGUCAUUUUAGUAGUUCUAGCUUCACUAAUUUUUUUAGUUCUUGGAUUCUGUUUAGUUUUACGGGAGAAAGUUUACUCGUUUGAGCAGUCGUUAUGAUUUGUGGUUUAUGCGAAUGUUAACUCGCUCCUGAUGGAUUUUUUGAGGGUUUAGGGAUUUCCUGACUGCUCGAGGUUUAUUUAUGUCCCGAAGAUUGUCAGGUCGUUGGCCUCACGUUGGAAUCAGAAGCUGCCCUUUGUUUCAUCGAAGGUUGGAAGCUUGGAAGUAGAGGAGGAGGGAAAUUUUGAACAUUCUGAGAAAUUUUAGAUUAGAAAGACACGGAAAGAUUGGAGUUGGCUUGACUAGUACUGUUGAGAACAUGGAAAUGCCCACUGCCCCCGCCUUGUCCGUUCGCAAGCGUUUUCAUUUUUCCUACGAAGAUGAUCCCGCAAAGGAUGAAGCUCCAAGGGCCAAGAAAGCCAGGUUUCCUAAAGGACGGAAAGGAGCUGCAGGUGAGGUUCCUGCAAGAACCUUGGGUGUAAUCGAUGGAGAAGAAGAUGAAGGUCCGAUAAUACUGUCCGCUGAUCCCCGUGUUGCCGCAAAGGAAAGGGCAUUGAAAAGGGAUCCUACGACAGAACAAAUUCGUGUGGAGGACACUGGCGUGCUUGCUGAUGUUACCGUAGCCGAGGAGAUUUAUGAGGAAGAGGAUGAAGAGAUCGUUGAAGAUGGUCAAAGAUUUGAACCUUUCAACUUGAAGCAAGAGAGGGAGGAAGGGUAUUUUGAUGGCCAAGGAAAUUAUGUGGAGUACCGCAAUGAGAACGAUGGCAAGGAUGCUUGGUUGGACAGCGUUGAGGUAGAUACACGUUUUGCAAACAAAGCUCUUGCCCAAACGGGGAAGGAUGCCGAAGUAGACGGAGAUAAUCUUGGCAAGGAUGAACUUUGGGCAAUAAAGCGGCGCAUAGCUGAUGCUCUUCAACCAGGAGAAACGGUUCUGAGAGCUUUGAGAAGGUUGAAAGGCACCCCAAAGGAUGGCAAUAAACGUGAGCGAAUGUCAGAAGCUAAUAAGGCUAUAUUUGACCAACUCACAGAGGAUGCUGUGAAAUUGUUGGAAGAUGGCGACUACAAUGUUUAUGAGGAGAAGAGAGAAACCUUCCAACGUGAAGCAGAAGGAUAUGCCGCUCUUGCCCGGUUGAGGGCUGGGAUCACGAGUGUUGAGAGUAGCCAAGCAGGAAGUGCAGGUGAUAUGUUUGGAGACGAUGAUGAAGUUCUGGAACAAGCAGGAGCUCCAAGCCAGAGCAAAGGAUUGCCAACAGCUGGAACAGUAGAGGUGAACGGGAAAGGGCACGAUAUGUUUGGAGAUGAUGAUGAAGAGGAAAGGAGUGAAAAUGGGAACGCUGCACAGCAAGGUGUAACACAUGGCAGUGAAGGGUCAGCACCAGUGGAUGGCUCUGGUUACGUGUAUGAUGAAGCAUCAGGCUACUACUACAACAGCGAUGUGGGUUACUAUUAUGAUGCAAACUCUGGAUUAUACUGUAGCGCAUCUACAGGAUUAUGGUACAGAUUCGACGAAGAGACGAACUCAUACGUGGAAGUUGCACAAUAAUGAAGACAUUCGUGAUGUGUCUUGCAGUUUAGAGAGGGAUUGCCAACAGGUUCAGGAGUCCUUGUACACUAAGUGAUCCUGUCUGAUCAUGUCUUUUAGAUGAUGAUCGAAAUGAUGGAUUCCUUGGAACAUGUUACUUUAGUUAAACAAUCUCUCUCUAUUUUGCAAUAAUCGUGAAUGCUUUUCAUAUGGAAACCAGCCAACUAUAUGUGAACGAAACUUUCUACAGAAGCCACAUGUCCAAAGCAGUUGUGU